AUGGGUACCAGAACGUUCAUCACUUCUCCAGUCAGUCUGCUGGGAGUGCUCUCCGUGACUGUCAUCUGCGUGAAUGGCUUCCUUCCAAACAGAUUAAGUCCGAUGGCGUCAAAAUCUGACUUCACCCACCAGGACAUCACAGAGACCGGCAUCUUGAGAGCUGUGGCGGAGAUGUUCGAAGAGACGCCUUUGUUUGAUAGGCCCAUUAAACACGGAGAACUUACAGGACUAACCAACAUCACGGCCAGAUCACUGUUUGACAAAUAUUAUGGAGGUACUGUGUCUGAGAAGCUGUUCCAGGAGGCCAUCGAUGACAUCGUACAGGCCAACAACAGAGUGGACCAGGACCACUACUCCGAGGCUGCCUGGCACGUCAACGGGGAGGCCAUCAAAGAAGGUAACGACAAGAUCACGAUGCUACGAGACACAGCCAUUAAUAUUCUAAAUAAGACCAAACCCAACUUCGAUGCUGCUCGAGAGGUUAUUGGUCAGUUUCUUCACAUUGUCCAGAUGUUCUACAGCAACACCAACUGGCCGGAACUCAAAGGAAGCGCGGUGUUUGAAGCUCUAGGUAUCCCCGGGAAGACAUUGCUGGAUGUUGCUCCGCCCUCCCUGGAUACGUGCAAAUCGUGUGGGACCCUCAUGAAUCACAGAGGGUCAAGCGGAGUUUCCUGCGCCGGCAACCUUCUCGUCCAAACCAUGUUGACCAGUGGCUACCGAAGUGGGCAGGACAGAUCAAAGCCGAGCAAAGAUCCACAGGCUCACCAGACUGGCAAAUGUAGUCACGGCGGCCCCCACGACACAUCCAGCACGACGUCUGCUGCCACUGGCGGCAUCAACAAGGACAGCAGCAACCCCAAAUUAUCCCCCCACUACUACCUCCACCAACAGGCGGCAGAGGGCGCUAUACGACAUACAAAGUUCCUGUUGGUUGAUCCGGUGUAUGGAUUAAGGAAACAAAUAGGAAACAACACAUUCCGCGCACUCUUCAAUCUGGCAGUUUCAUCGAGCAUGGUGUUCGUCAUCGACACGUCGCACACGAUGGCGGAUGAUGUACAGGCAGUUAAAAAAAAAAGACGCUUGAAAUCGUAG